AAUAACGAAAUCUUCGUCCUCCAAUCAAGUUUUCCGAUGGAUACGAGGACCGCGAUGCCAAAUCGUUUUCGUAACUUGGUCCACGCUCCUUCGAUCUCGCUCAUUUAUAAUAUGUAUGGAAGGCCCAAGGAUGGCUCUGGUUUUCACGUCCCCGAGUUAGCCGCCACCCGCAGCUAAUUGAGCAGUGAAGAACGGCAUCUUUUUAUUUCCUCGCCGGAAAUCCAAAGCUCUUUUCGAAAGCAUCAGCGCAGUCUCUCUCGCUGUCUCGCAUGAAACUGAGUUUUUCAGUGUAUCCAAAAUUUGGUUCUUUUCGUCUUUUCUGGGAGGGACUCUUCAUUGGUUUUUUUGAAUUUCUGGAACUGCGUAGAUACUUUGAUUUAAUGGGAGUCUUUGGGGACUUAAUGACGUUGUGUCCUCGCGACCAGCAUUGCUCACAAUGGACUGUAAAGAAUCUUUUCAGUGUGAAGGAGACGGCUUCCUUGACGUUAGGGAUGAUCAGUGUUGUUUCUUGGGUUGGUGCUGAGAUUCCGCAAAUUAUCACAAACUUCAGAAACAAAUCCACUGAGGGCCUCUCGACCUUUUUCUUGACGACAUGGAUUGUCGGAGAUCUAUUCAACCUCAUAGGCUGCGAGUUAGAACCUGCUACUCUUCCGACUCAAUAUUAUACGGCACUGCUGUAUACCUUGAUAACUCUUGUACUUACUUUACAAACCAUAUUCUACGGAUACAUACAUCCUCGAUUCAUAUGCAACAGACAGAACAAGGCGGAGACACCAAAAGCUGCACACAGCAAUAGUGGAGGAAUGAAAAGCAGUGAUAUUUCUUACCAGUGUAAUGAAGCUGAAGCUUUCAGCACAGACAAUGGUUACAGUUCUCCUAUUCCCCUUCCAGCCCUUCCUCGGAUAUUCGCUAGAGGAGAAUUAUAUUACCAGUCAGCAAGAUCUCUAUCAACAAGUCAUACUCCCACUGCUGGCUCUGUUUUAGCCCAGAGAAUGACACCUACUUCUGCAGACUAUUUGGAUUCUAAAGAGGAGCCCUUGCUUGCUCCAAUUGUUUCACCAGAGUCUGCACCAGACCUAAAGAAAAAAAACACUCUAUGUUUGGUAUCUACAUUCACUUUACUUGGUGCUUUAAAUCUGCUUCAAUCACCAGAUAGAAAACCUAAUUCCAUGGUCAAAUCUCCGAGGCAUGAAUUUGUCAUGCUAGUUGGUAGAAAGCUUUUUCAGGCUAAUGGGGUUCAGUUGUUAGAGCAUGAUUCAGAAGGAAGCAGUGGCAUUGGGGUUCUACUUGGGUGGGGAAUGGCAGCAUUAUAUAUGAGUGGUAGACUUCCUCAGAUUCAUUUAAAUAUAAAAAGGGGUAAUGUUGAGGGCCUCAAUCCUUUGAUGUUUUUUUUAGCUUUGAUAGGGAACGCCACUUAUGUGGGAAGCAUACUUGCAUGCAGUUUGGAAUGGUCAAAAAUUAGACCAAAUCUACCUUGGCUGGUGGAUGCUGCAGGAUGUAUCUUUCUUGAUAUUUUCAUUUUAAUCCAAUUUAUCUAUUUUCGCCAUCGGGCAUCAAAUAUCAGGAAAAGCAAAACUGAACAUCAGAGCCUUGCUUAAGUGAGAAGCCAACAAGGAUUUUCAGCUAUUGUUCGAGUUUGAGAUUGCUUUGCAAAACCGACGAAGAUAUCCUCCUUGUCCAUGAAAUUAACCCAGGCAGGCAUGAUUGCGUAGCUGAAACGGAUUCUCUGAUGAUGAAUGAUGAUCACUGAUAAACUGUUAGUGAUCAUUGUCCCUGCCUCCAUAAAAGGAUGAAUUAGGUCCUCUCCUUGGGUUGAGGGCCAAUGAUUUUGUGUGACUCUGAAUCUUCUUGUUUCCCCUUCGAUCUAUUAUGACAUUUCCUUCCAGGACAUAGACAGAAUCACUUUUAUAUAAAUAUUAUGUAUUUUCUUAA